AUGGACGAUAACAAACAGAAAUCUGUAUGGAAUGACGUUCAAAAACAGGCCAAAACAACACUGGAUGUGUGGAAGAAACGCAAUAGUCAACCAACUUCAUCAUCACUAUCUACUCUUACCGAUAAACAAGUGGACAAGGACACAUUUCUUAACGAGGAAUUACCAAAAAAAUUGUGUGAAAUUCUGGAUUAUUGGCAUACCAAUCAUUCAUUAGAUAAAACUCAAAAAGAUACAUUUCAGGAAUGCAGUGAAUAUUUGCUUGAAGUCUCAAAGAACAAUAGUGAACUUAUAAAAUGGUUCAAUCAACAGGAGAAAUUAAUCGAUCUAGUGAAACAAUGUAGCGAUGAUAUUGCGUCUCAUGGUUAUUAUUUAGAUAUUAAAGGAACAGAAGAUCCCAAUAUAGGAUCAUUUGAUAGACUCAUUCAAGCUUUUACCAAUAGUAACUGUGAUCAGUUGCUUGAUGUUAUUAGUCGAUGCAUCUUCAAUCGUCUCUAUAACGAAACAUUAUAUAAUAUCGGUAAAACCAAUGCGUCCACUUUGAGCUUGAUUCAACAAUUUCUAUUAGUAACCUGUCCAGAUUAUAUUCUCACAUGUGACCAAAAUAAAUCUCAAUUACGAAAAUUUCUCGAGUAUAUGUUACCUCACUAUGCUGAAUUGUUUACUCAUUUUCUUCCCAACAUUGAAAAAUGGACUGAUACAGUUGUAUUAUGUCUACUCUAUCCAAUUCGAGUUAUCCUGUCUGAUUCAAAAUCCUUGUCAUUAGAAGAGAAACGUCUUAUUCAAGAAGCACUCAUAACAAUUCUUGUCAAACAACCGCUUUCUAAUUCCAAUUACAAAGAAGAACAUAUCACACUUGUUUAUGCUACACUUAACGUUUUACUUGAAAUUGUUCGUUCCGAGCAUAAACUUUUGGGUGAAAUGAAGAAGGAAACAGCUGAUAAUAGCAAGUUACUAGAGAUCCUGAAACAGCUCUCGACCGAUAAACAAAAUGAAAAAGUACAAUUACAUGCCUUAGAAUUACUUUCUUUUCUUGUACCAGAAAAAGAGUUUCUAAAAACAAACGAUUCAGCGAAAGUCACCGAAUUAUUUGCGAAAAAUUUUAACGAAGCAGUGGAAGAUAACAAAGAUCGGACGGCAGAUGAUCUCAUGCAAGGAUUAAAAGGUUUAGUACAGAGUGAAGAAAUAAAACAGCAAUUUGUGGAACAAAAUGUUCUACCAUCAAUUAUGCAGUACGCCAAAGAAACAAGUGAUGAUCCGGCGCCACUAGAAGCUGCCUAUGCACUUGCAUUCAAUUCAGAUGCGAAGAAAGCAUUUAAGGAAGAUCAAGAGUUUGUCGAUCAUGUUGAAAAAAUGAAACAAUCCGACAACAAGGAUGUGACAAAAGCAGCUCAUGGAAUUAUGUGGAAAUUGGAGGAUGAAGAGAAGUUUAAGAAAGAAGCAGACGAAAAAAAAUCGAACGAACAAUCAACGAAAGAAACAAAAGAAUCAACAGAUGAUAAAGAAAAACAAGAAACAAAAGAAUCGACAGAUGAUACAGAAAAACCUGAACAGUACGACAUGAUGAUUUCGUAUUGUUGGGCACAAAAAGAAUUGUGUCAUAAACUUAAUGAUCGUUUAGAAAAAGAUGGCUACAGUGUUUGGUUAGAUAGAGAUGAAAUGCGUGGUUCGAUCGUUGAAUGUAUGGCGGAAGCUAUCGAACAUUCUAAAUGCGUACUAAUCUGUAUGUCGAGCGAUUACAAGUCGAGCACCAACUGUCAAGCGGAAGCUGAGUAUGCAUUCAAUCGAAAAAGUAAAAUGAUCCCGUUGAUGGUCGAAAAAGAUUAUAAACCCGAUGGUUGGUUAGGCUUUAUGGCAGGAUCAAAACUCUAUGUCGAUUUUGCGGAUAAGGACGAUGAAGAAUUCGAUACUGCCUAUGAACUCUUGAUUGCUGAACUCAAACGCCAAGAAGCGGAUGAGAAUGCUGAGAACGAAGAGGCAAAAUUAGCCACUGAUUCUUCUGAAGCUGAACCGACUCCAGAAGAAGCUGAACCACUACCUAUACAAACACGACAAUAUUUGAGCGUUGGUCCAGUAACCACGUGGACCGACGUACAUGUCAAUGAAUUUAUUACUGACAAUGAACUCGAUCUACUACUACCAAUAUGUAAAUCAAUGGAUGGACCACUACUACAUGAAUUUCAUCAAGCCUGCCAAGCAACACCCAGUGCAAUGUUCACUGUGACUAAUAAAAGUGUAGAAGGUUCACCAAUACCACUGGAUGUCUUCUUCAAAUUUAUUCUGAAGCUAAAACAGUUCAUACCUCCACCAAAACGACCGUCAGUGAUAUUUUUUCGAUACGAUUUCGUUUAUGCACCUUUGACAACGAGCACUAAACCUGUCAAUGCAUCCAAAGUUUAA